AUCAUGUCCUCGCUGCGUCGCUGCGCUUUGACGGCGCGCUCAACGUGGACAUCACGGGGUUCCAGGCGAACCUGGUGCCGUACCCGCGCAUGCAUUUCAUGCUCUCGAGCUACGCGCCAGUGAUCUCUGCAGAGAAGGCGUGCCGCGAGCAACUAUCUGUGGCCGGAAUCACAAUAUCCGUUUUCGAGCCCGCGGCCAUGUUUGUCAAAGAUUUACAAGCCAAGCAACACAGAGCAUACGACUGGGUGAAGAAAGGGAGCCCCGCCGAGACCCGGGGCACCAUGAAGAGACGGGACGGCACCGCCACUGCGAACAUCCCCGAGCAGCUCACGAUGGUCGCCGACGCUUUGCGACCCAUUCUCGAGCGCUUCAAGCACAGGGAGCCCUCGGUGGACACCUUCAUGGAGUAUUUUGGGCCUCACAUGCGGACGCACCCGUGGAGGACGGAGAGGAUCACAGGACACCAGUUGGUGAAGGUCGUGGCGGCUCUGCCCAACUCUUCUAGCGGCCUGGAUUCUUGGACGGCGGAGGAGCUGAAGGUCUGGGCUCGGUGGCACCCGCGUCUCCUUGAUCAGCUGGCGUCUGUUUUCGAUGCAAUCGAGGCCGGGGCUCCGUGGCCCUGCGCGGUCACGCAGGGGUACAUUGCUUUGUUCCCGAAGGACGCGAAGGACGCGGAGCCUGAGCCGACAGCCCUGCGGCCCAUAGCUGUGCUCAGUAUCCUGUACUGGUUAUGGGCGAAGCUACGUUUCAAUGGUGCCAUGGAUUCUUGGCAGGAGCACCGGGUGCCUGCUGUCAUCCCGCGCGCUUACGGUGACGACAUGUCGGCGACGAGCAAGGCGCGGGGCGGGGCGAGGCUUUUCCAGAACGUCCAGCAGAUGCACGAGAUCACCCGCGAGUGCGAGAGGCGGUCUGCCGGUCAGGUGUCGGCGGAGAAGAGCUUCACCUUCGGCGAUGAGUGCCUUCGCGGCACCCUGAAUGGUGUCGACGGCCAUCAGGGUACCCUCCGGCUUGUGGGCGGGUCCGUGGCGGUCCGGGCGGAGGCUGAGACGUGGGCGCAGUUGGGGGCGAAUCGCGUGGACACGUACACGGCGACGGUGCAGCGCGUCCGUCGUGUACCCGAAGGUUCCUACGGCAGGGUCCGGAUGCUCAGGACCACAGCGACGCAGGCGACAUUUGGCCAGGGGUCUCACCGCGUGCCUGGUACCCCGGUUGCUUUGCAGAGGCUGCGCACGGAGCUGCUCGUGGCGGCAUGGGAUUUGGAUAAGUGCUCCAGCUGCGUGCUGAUCUCGCUCGCAAAUCUGAUGCCAGUCACCCUGGACCCGGGCACAGACGGCCCGGUGGCUCGCCUGCGCCAGGUCAUGGAGUUCGCCGAGCUCCGGCCUUUCGUCGAGCAGAUGGUGCACCAGGCGGAGCUGGACGUGGACGCGUGGUGCCGUGGCUUGAGGGAUGCGUGGCGUCGGAGGCUCUGGCGCCAGCUUCUGGGCGGGCGCGCCUCGUGCCGGGGGGUCGAGCGUGGGAUCGACCGCGAGAAGGUCACGAGCUACUUGCAGACGCAAGCCGACAGGCUCCAGUGCCAGCAAGACAGCGGCGACCUGAAGGACGUGCCGUCGUCGUCCGACGACCCGCGGGCGAAGCUUGGCGUGCUUCGGCGCCUCAUGGCGGGUUCCUUGCUCACGAGUGACAGGCUGGCCCGCAGUGCGGUCGCGGCGGCAGGCGUAAUGUGCCCCUGUGGCCUCGGCAGAGAGACCAUCGUCCACGUUUCCUGGGCGCGCCCGCAGCAGAGCACUUGGCGGGCGCCGGCUUUGGCCGCCUUGGGCGGGCCGUGCACCGACCAGCCCAUGUGCUUCCAGUGCGCGACCGUCGUGCCAGAGGCGUACGCGCUGACCACGGCGCAGGUGGUUGAGAUCCAGAGAUCGCUGGUGGACGUGUGGCAACAUCGCGCCCACGCCUGGCACGAGGGCGACGCGGCGGAGGAGCCUGGCCCGGGGCCUGCGCCGCCGGGCGCUGGAGGGCGGCGACGGCUGACACGGAAGGCGGGGCGGCAGAAGAUCACGCGCAAGGCUUGUCCGCAGAAGGAUUUGCCUCAAUCGCAGUGGCUUUCUCAGCUUGGUUUGCGGCGGAGCUCCGUGCGCUUGCAGGGCGUCGAGAAAGAGCUUCAGAAAUGCAGCGCCGGCAAGCGCGCGCUGAAAUUGGCUGGCAAGCUCGGGGAGGUGCCUUUCGCGGAGGACGAGCGCCGCUCGUGCUGGAAGGACAGGGCCAGCAAUUUUGCCCGCGCCAGGUGCGGCGGGAAUGCGCAGGAAGGCGAUUGGUGUCCAACUGGUUUCGCGGUCGGCAUCGCCCACCAGCCGCCCGCCGCGGUACCUGAUGGUGAUUUGUCGACUUCGGCUGAGGUGAUGCGUGCGUGCUGCGUCGAGGAGGCGUUCUCCCGCGUCGACUACAUGUUCGACCCCGUGUACUCCAAGCGCGCGUUUGUGCGCUGGUACGUCGGCGGGGGCGUGGGGGCGAGUUCUCAGAGGUGGGAGAUCGCGGCGUCGAUCGUGGCGUUGCAUGCGAAUUCGGGCUCGAGGGUGCACGAUCGCCGCGUCAGGAACACUGCUGCGAGCAAGCAGUUUUCUCCAUCUACAUCUCUCCGAGCCGCGAUGGAGAGGCGCCAGUUUGGGGGUCCUAGUGCCCGCGCGUUCGAGCCCGUCAAGCUGUGGGAUCGCGCGUGCAGGAGCCUGUCGGGGAAGUUCGUGCUCUGGAAGCGGGUGUUACUGGGCCCAGGCCUUGUGAUUAUGGCAACCGUCAGGGCGGCGGCUGCUGGCGCAGUUUCGCGGGGGGCCCCCGUGGCUGCCGGUCCCGCGGGGAUUAUCGCGGGCCCCGCCGCCGGCUGCGCCGGGCCAGCAAGGCAGCUGGGCGACGGCAGGGCCCGCGGCAGAAGGGGCGCCUGGGCCCGCGGCAGGGCCCGCGGCAGGGUCCCGCGGUCGGUGGUCUGA